GUCUCUCAACUUGAAGAAGAAUUUAAUUUUGAUCAACUGUCACAAAGUUUGUUCAGUUUGUGGCUGUGCUGAGCUUUGGUGUUUGCUGGUAAUAACACGAAGUUGCAUACACAUCAAAGGGUUAAUUGCAAGGAUAUUGAAAAACAAUUUAUGGCUGGCCACUGGAAAAUUCUUCUAUGUUUAUAUUAAAAAUUUAAAUUUGGCUUGUAUUCUAAAGCGGGUUCUUUAUAUUCAGAUAACACAGAGUCGCAGUUAAGUUGGUGUUUUGAAGUAUAGAAAACCACUGUGGCAGGUUAAAAAACAGCAGCCUAAUCUGUACAUUGCAAUGUUAAAAAGGUUUGUUCUGUACAGCGUGUUGAAGCAGUGCGGGACUCUCUUUCCUGGCACAUAGUGAAUAUUCUCUCCCUCUCCUCCUCCUCCCCCCACCCUGUUUCUCUCACUCACUGACUCUAAUGAAUUUGAGGCCAGAACCAAUCAGCAGAGACCGGAUGCAAUAUAUCCUCUGGGACAACAAAUGCUCUAUUCGAUCCCAUGCAGAUGACGCCAUUUACCCAUCAGCUACUACUGGAAAACUUAAUAGCAACUUGAGCAAAUCUGCUUCUUUAAAGCACUUUGCAAACUUCACAUCUGUCGGAAGGUUCGUGGCGGCGGAGGGGCAGCGGCAUUGCAAGCAUUUGCAAGGGAAGGGCCACUUGUGAAUGAGACCAAGCGCCCGAUUUCCUUCUGCAAAGUUCCUACAUUGACAAUUUUUUUCUCCAUAGCUGCGUGUGUGCGCGCGUCCGCCCUCGUGUCUGCUUCUUGCUGGCUUCAUUCAGAAAAAAGAGGAAAGGAUUUUUCAACCUUCACUCCUACCUGUCUUCCCCCCCCCCCACCCUCACCCCCCACCCCAGCCCACUCCCAGAAAAAAAUCUAGCCCCAAACGACUGGCCAUCGAUCGGCUGCUGUUGUAAUCGUCGAUCGCACAGAGUCCCGUAGCCUUGUACUCUCUACCCCACCUCCCUCCCCAGCCCACAACCACCUUCACUCCCCCCCUCCCCUCGACCCUCAAACCCCCCUUCCCUCCUUCUCGUCUCCGCUGGAUACUUUAAUAGAUAGCCCCGGCUGAUCUCCGCCAGAAUUUGGAUGCGCAACCUUUUUUUGGUGGAGCUAUCGGCUCUGAGUUGUACACAUAAACCGAGAGAGGGGAGAGACAGCUACGUUGCGGCCACGGACUUCAGAUGUGUUCUAAGCCUGCAGGAGUGAUCACUCUUCAUUGUACAGAUGGAUACGCGAACUCAAAAUGGCAGUGGUUCCCCAGCCCUGCUACAGUUACUGCGUGACAGCGGAAGGCAACACAUGGAACCUGACCCCAGGGGUGUACAGCCACAGCAGGUUCAGGUGUUGUCGCUUGAUCAGAUCCGAAUUAUAAGAGCCACUAAUGAGUACACGGAGGGACCAACUGUUGCCCCGAGGCCUGGGAGCAAGUCUGUGUACCGACCAUCUUCACAACAUAAAAAUGAAAGGAUGUCUGGAUUAAAUAGCGACCAAGACCAUCAACGGCUUAACACCCGUGGUCAACACCAUCAUAUGCAUUCUUCAUUGAGGGCACCUUUAAUUCGGUCAACUAGCACUGUGAGUACAGGUUCUCGGAGUAGCACAAGGACAAGUACAAGUAGUACAUCUUCUGACCAGAGGCUUCUGGGACCUUCCUCAUCACCAACUGGCCAUGUCUCUGAUCGGAUAAUCAGGGUGCAACCCAAACCGGAAUUUAAAGCUGAUGAACUGAAACCUCUGGGGAAAGAAGAGUUGGGCAAGCACAUCUACCGAUGUGAAGACUGUGGGAAAUGUAAGUGUGAGGAAUGCACUUAUCCAAGGACUCUACCUUCCUAUUGGUUCUGUGACAAGCGAUGCCUCUGCUCGGCACAGAAUGCGGUGGAGUAUGGGACCUGCGUCUGCUUUGUGAAGUGUGUCUUUUACCACUGCUCAAACUAUGACGAAGAGGACAGCUGUGCAGAUAAUCCGUGCUCCUGCAGUCAGUCGCAUUGCUGUGCCCGGUGGUCAGCCAUGGGCCUUAUGUCCCUCUUUAUGCCCUGCCUGUGGUGUUACCUGCCUGCCAAGGGCUGCCUUAAGUUGUGCCAGGGGUGCUACGAUAGGGUUAACCGUCCUGGGUGCCGUUGCAAAAAUUCAAACACAGUUUGUUGCAAGGUUCCCAGCUUACCUCCUCGGAACCUUGAGAAACCUUCCUAGCUGCAAAGGAGAGGGUACUAUUUCAGAGCUAGCCCUCUACACUUUCCUUCUGUAUCUUUUUGGUAGUUUGAGUGGAAGAAAUGCAUUUAUAUUACCAGCAUUGAGCACAAUGCUGGGUACCUUUUUAUCUGUAUGCCUUAAAAGGAGUAAACCACACAAUCUACAGCCAUUAAGAUGAUCCUUGUUUGUUAAAAGAAAAAGGUAUCUCCCAUUGUUCUUGAGCUUAUUUUCUAGUUGACCAGCUCAACAUGCCGUAUAUUUUUUUGUAUGUAGUAAUGGCACUACAAUAUUCUGGAACUUAACGGGACUUGUAUGGUUUGCAGUGACAGCACUGUUGACCCUGUUUACUCCAUCUUGCUUAACCAAUACAGACGAGGAUAAAAAAAAUCCAAUCAGUUAGAUCAAACAGGAUGAUGCACAGUAUCCAUUGUAUUUAGGGCAACAUAAGCUAAAGGUAAUGCAAUGACACUCCCUGGUCUUUCUGUAUUGUAUGUGAAUACUUCUUGCAGAAUAUGUAAAUUGGCAAAUUGCUCUUUUUUGCUGCCAGAGUUAAUUUGUUAUAUUUUUGUAUAUACAAUAAUAUUAAGACUGUGAAAAUUGUGCCAUAUAAAUGGCAGAUUUACAAAAUAUUAUACUAAUAUGUUGUACAUUCAGCCAAAUGUGAAUCAGUCGAUCAUUGUUUAGGCUAUAUUCCACCUUACAAAAUUCACCAUUAUGUCACUCUUGAUAUCAUUGACAUGUAUAUUGUACAGUUACCAUAAAUUUGGUCUUUAUUUUCUAAUUUUUCAACAUAUUGUUUAGUGUAAAGAAUAUUUAUUUGAAGUUUUAUUAUUUUAUAAAAUAUUUAUUUUAAAAGGCAUCUUACAAAUUCACCCUUUUAAAAAAAACGAUGAGAGCAUCAUAGUUACUGAAAAUGAGGGUGAUGCAAAUCAGAUGCAUAUGUUCACUAUAAAAUAGAAAAUAUAUUAACGUUUUGAAAUCAAACUGUGUACUAUUUUGUCUUUUCUGCUCUUUUUCCUCCUGUGGUGCCAGACUAAGCUUUUGCUUAAAUGCAUUGAAUCCACUUGGCAAUGAUGGGUCAGUGUUGCAACCUCUUGGUUUUCAAAUAUACUUUUGCGUUUCAUGACUAUUCGGGGGGCUUCUUGAAUGUUUCCUUGUAUAUGUUACUAUAUUAAGUAUGAGCCUCCCAUGUGUUUUUUUAUUAUAAGUACAACCUACGAUUUUAUAAAACACUUUCUCCUUCAUUCUGUACUGUGGUGGAGGAAGUUUUGUGGUAUACUUGGAGAAUGCUGCAGGUAAUACUGACAGCUAGGCAAACUAUAUAGAGGUUGGUUAAUGCAUAUUAAGAGCAAUAAAGUAGGAAACUUGAACUGGCAUUGUAAACCCCAACGAGGUGAAUUUUGCCUUUGCUAUCCUACCCCUCCCAUCUUCUCCCAAGCAGCUCUUUUAAUAUUUUCAUCUUUUUACCUGAUUCUUUAGUGCAUAGUUCCAAAGGCAGCAGUAGCCCUUGUAAUAUCUCUCUCAAAGUGACUAUUCGUAAUGAUCCAGGGACCAGUGAAUGUCAGUGAUCUCCCUUGAAUAAAGGGGUACAUUAGAAGUACUCACUGACUGAUGCACUUUAUAGCUGGGGUCACUGUACAAAAUAUUUAAAGUGGUAACACUAGCCACUUGUUAUGAUCUGUGGAUCAGAGACCCUGGAAUCUCAAUGCUGCUUUAAUGGAAUCAGGAAUCAGAAAUCAGACUCUGGUCUGUAUGUUGCAGUAAGGCAAUAGAUUAUGCAAUAAUGAGAGAAAUCUAUUACUUUUAUAUGGAGUUGUUGCUAUAUAUCUUUUAUAUGAAAUGUUUUAACACAAGUUUAGUUAAUGGUUGUUAAAUAUUUAUUAAAGCCACAUUUAUGUGAUCUAUUAUUAAAUGCCUCAAUUACAU